AGAUUUCAUGGUCUAAAUAAACAGGAAUAGAGUAUUAAGGACAGUAAUUUGAACAGAAAUACAAGCACAGCAUGCUCCUCAUACUACACACACACUCUGAUGUUUCAUCUACUGAACCCACAGGCCAUUCUGUAGGUAAUAACGUGCUACCUCAAGAGGCUAGGGUUUCAUUACAUUUUUAAGAACUAGCAGGUGCGCCCCUAUGGCUUGCCAAAACGCCUUGUGAUGAACUGCAAAACUAAUCCGUGCACUCGCUGCUCACCCCGGGUCGCGCUGCACCUGGCCAGUGAAAUGGCAGCAGUGCAGUUUAUGGCCGGCUAUCCUUGUCCCAUGUCGCAGACCUCAAAGGGCUAAAGCAAGUGGCUGAUCUGCACAGCACUAGUGGGGUGAAAACAAAUAAUUAUGAUCUUGAACGUGUAUAGGUUACUCAAAAGUGCAAAAGUAAGCUCCUACUCCUUAUACUCUUAUGGCAGUUCAGUAGAGACUAGCGAGAGCGCCGGGAUAGUUGUGCUUAGACAUGGAUUAAGGUCGGACAAGUUGUCAAAUGUCGGCGGGACCUUUUUCAUGGUGCUCCUUGCAGGUCCUUCAGUCUCCGCAGCGGCUGGAAGGAGCCCCCAGUGCCAUCCGCCUUCCCUCGGCCCUCCUGCAGCCAGGCCUCGCCCUUGUAGGGCUGCUCCGGUGAGCUGCUGCCCGACACCUCCCCGCACGCGUGUGCCAGGAAAACCCACAAACGCCAGAGGUUCAUGUCCAAAAAGGAGACAGAGGAGUCCUGCAACUUAAUUCGUAUAAAGGCAGGGAGUCCACAGGGGCACACGCCCGCGGGGCUUUCUCUCUCUCACGUGCGACACCGAAGGGGCUGAUCGGUCCCUGUCACAGGGCACUGCUAAAUACGGCGUCCGGAGCCAGGCCGCGAUGCCUGGAAACAAGCUUUGCUCACCCAGCGCCGUGCCUGCAGUGACAAAUUUCCUAGUCCGGCGCCAGAAGAGCCCGGGGUGCCUCAGCAGAGGAGCGGGGGGCGGAGACAGGGCGACGGCAGGCCCGGAACCGGCAGGGCUGGCCCGGAGGAGGAGGAGGAGAGCGCUGGGCAUGGCGGCGCCCGCAGCGCUGCAGCGGAGCGUGGUGGCCCCCGCGGGCAGGCACACCGCCUCCCUCAUCUUCCUGCACGGCUCAGGUGAUACUGGCCAAGGAGCAAGAGCAUGGAUAAAACAGAUUUUGAAUCAAGACAUGGCAUUCCAACAUAUAAAAGUAAUUUACCCAACAGCUCCUGCCAGGCCAUAUACACCCAUGAAAGGAGCCUUUUCCAAUGUGUGGUUUGACAGGUAUAAGAUCUGUAAUGACUGUCCUGAACACAUUGAAAGCAUUGAUUCCAUGUGCCGGGGCCUUACAGACCUGAUCAAUGAUGAGGUUAAGAAUGGCAUUGCCAAGAGCAGGAUACUCAUAGGAGGCUUUUCAAUGGGAGGUGGAAUGGCAAUGCAUUUGGCCUUUAGGUUUCAUCAGGAUCUGGCAGGAGUCUUUGCCUUGUCCAGUUUCCUGAAUAAAGACUCUGCUGUGUACCAGGCUUUGAAAAGAAAUGAAAGUGCUCUUCCAGAAUUAUUUCAGUGCCAUGGAACUGCUGAUAAUCUAGUUCUCUACUCAUGGGGUGAAGAGACCAACAAGAUGUUAAAGUCUCUGGGAGUAUCAACAUCACUUCAUACUUUUCCAAACCUCAAUCAUGAGCUGAACAGAACUGAAAUAGAAAAAUUAAAAUCCUGGAUUAUAAAGAAAUUGCCUGUUGAAGCACCAAAGGCUAAUGAAUAAAUGAAGAUCCAGCCUCAUACUUUCUGAUUUUUCAUAGUUUUAAAAUCAUGUGUGACCUAUAUGUGGGUGUCCCAUAUCCUUAUAUAAGCACAACUUCAGGCAAACACUUUAAUAUUCCAUAAAGUUCACCUAAGAGGUGAAAAAAGGUGCUGAACACUAAACCUCAAUUUAUUAUAUGGAUUUCUUUUUCUGUUUUCUUGUCCAGUUUUUAAGCACAUGCCAGUCUACAAAAAAUACUAACUGAUAAUAUUAAAAGCAUUCCAAAAUAGUCAAAGCAAUAUUCAGGAAGCAGUUCAGUAAAUCUCCCAGAUAAUUUUCUUUUUUUUUUUUUUGGGUGAGGAGGAUUGGGCAGGAAAGUGUUCUAAGAUAGAAAAAUAUACAGUGGCAUGGUAGUGUCUAAUGGCAUUGUAGCAACAAAAAAGGCCAGUUACUAAAAUAAUACAGUUUUACUCGUACAAAUGCAUGCAUCUGUUCAAGUUAGUUUAGUGAGAGGGACUGUAUUGGCUUCAAUUGGAUUCUCAGCAUGUGGGAAUGAACUUACCUCAAAGCAGAGCUGUAUGUCCCCUGAAAAAAAAUCAGGUUUGUGUUAUAUUUUAAAAAGUCCUAAGUAGCUGUGUCUAGCUACACCACAGGGUCUUGUUAUUGUCCUUUCUCAUUGUUUUGUUACAGAGCUCUAGGUUUGUGUGAGUUUAUUGUGCCCUUUGUGGUUUGCAGUGUAGAUUUAAAAGAAAAAAAGAAGUACCAUCAUGAUUGCUAAGAUAUAUCCUGUUUUUGAAAAAAUCAUUCUUUGGGCCCUGUUCCUGCAGAAACUUAUUUUUGCCAAGAGUUUUAUUUUGGCCUGCAUGGCCACAUUUUAAAUUAAAAGAUGAGGAUACUUGACUCCUCCGUUAAUAUUUAAAAGUUGUAAAUAAUGAUUAUGAUAUAAAGAAAACUUGUAUCCCCUUAUUUUAAUGGUGGAUGAUUCAUCUCUCUGUCAGUUUGAUAAAUUAACUCAGAGUAUAAAUAUCUAUUCUUAUGUAAUUGUAAUGCUUUUUUUAUUUCUCCCCCCUCUGCCCCAUUUUCUACUCCCCAAUUUCAGUAAUUUUUUUAGCAUGACAAGCUAUUCAGCCUUUUGCCAAAGCCAAUAGAUCCAAGUCUCUUGCUUAAUCCUCUCCUUUUCCCAUUUUUGAGGAGUGGAUCUGGGACACUGUUGUUUGCUCUGUCACAGCAGAUUGCUGCCAGUACUGACUAUGACUCCAGAAAUAUCAGCCAGCUCCCAGGGACUAAGUUUUAUUCAAAUCCUCAUGCCCUGAGACCUCAGCCAGCUUUUACCUAUCUUGAAGAGUAAGCAAGGGGAAAAAAAUGUCACUGUUCAAGUACAAGCCAUGUAAUUGGCAGUAGCAAGUAACAACUUCCUGCUGCUAAAAAUAUUUUGCUGUAUUUCAUUUUCCUAACAUUAGCAAGUCAGCAGUCUGUUCUGAAAAACAGCAUUUUAAAUGGCACAUGAAAACUCAGCUAUUUGAAAGAGUGAGUGAACAGCAGUUUUUCCUGGUGCCCUAGGCUUCCUAAUUACUGCAAAUUAAAUUGAAACAGGUGUGUUCAGAUGCAGCUGAGCUAACAUUGCCUUGGCCCAACUCUGAUUGCAAUCCCUGACAAGUGAAGUAGCGGCAUUUUAGGGAUAAUGCAUCACUUUUGUCCCAUUUUCUGUUCUUCCUGAGCUCCUAUCAGGAGGCUCUUUAACCACUAAUGCAAGGUGGCAAUUAAUUUUGGUGACAAGUGCAUUCACAUUGGAAAGUGGCAGGUUUCUGGCAAGGUGGCUUUUAACAGGGUCAGAGAAUAGCCUAAAACAGUUUAAGUAAUACCGUGGAGAAAAUAGAAUACAUUACCAAGCCAAACCCAGCUAUUUGAUUGCUUUUGCAAUGUGAAUAAUUGCAAAUACAGUGGAUACAGGGUUUGGCUUAGUUCCCCUGUUAUAAGUUGAGAAGGAAUUACAAAUGUCAUGACAUCCUUAGAAAACAGUAAGUCCCCAGUUUGCAUCUAUUUUCUUCCAUCUUCUUGGCUUGUGAGUGAAACACCAACCAAUCAGGAGAUGCAUUGUAACAUAGCAGUGGAAAUCCAUCAGGUAUAUGGUGUAACAGAGCCCCAAAUCUCAGAGGUUUUGAGGUCACUUUUGGGAUGUUGGAGAACUCAGUAGAUUUCCUUCAGUCUGCGAGAAGUGAGCACAGUGGGACUUGCCUGUCCCUUUGGCUGAAGAUGAUGUGGCUGUGUGUUCCAGAUGGUGCCAAGCUCAUACUGGACAAACAGAUUGAAGUUUAGCCCAGAAAAAUUUGGGUUAUUGGUUGGUAUUGAGAAGCAUCCAGAGGCAAUAUUAGUCCUUGAAGACAGUGGGCCUGCUGUUAGAUCUCUAGUCAAAUGAAAACCUUAAUAGUCAAAAAUUAGCCCAGCUCUUUGACAGCAUGUUUUAGAAGUAAUUCAGACAGCUUUUUGACUGAUUGGCCCUUUUUUUUAACCUGGCCCUUUCUUACUACACUUUUAAAAAUUAUUUUUUAAUUUAAUAUUGGAAAUAGGGUGGGGGUUUAUUUGCCAAAAUGGCAUCUCUGCAAUGCUUAUGGCACUGCAGCUCCAGGAGCUGCCUGUUAAUUUCUGGAUAGAGUUUAAAGUGCUUCUUAGAGACAGUAAGAAUCAAAAAGAACUUCACUUUUGCCUAAAUGUUUGCCUGUUAUUGCGACAGACUUCCUGUACCAGGUGCCAGGGCAUGCAGAGCCCUGAACUGGUAUGUCUUACCGGCUGAAUUUAGAUUCAGAUGAGGAGAAUGAUAAAGAAUGCAACAUUUCUGGUUCAUCCAUAAUGUUUCACUCCUGAUCAUACAAAAAUCUUAAGGCAAAAGAUGCCGUUCACUUUUGGGAGGAAUCAAAUUGAGGUGCUUUCCUUUUUUUUUUUUUCCUUUCUGUUUUUGUCCUGUUUAAAGAUACAGUCCUGAGCAGCAUUUUGAGGAAGAUACUAGAAAAUUUAAGAGCCAUGCCUGGGUCUGUACCACUUGACCUACUGAAAGUAUGAGAACAUAAACUAGAAAGAGAGCGGUUCUGUCCUGCUCCAGGAAGAAGGCAGGAGCAAUUAGUUGGAAUGCUGGUUUAUGUUCUUACUGUAAGUCUUUUUAAGGUACUUUUUUCUUUCCUUUCAAAGUUAGAUAAGAGUUUGACUUUAAAGUAGAAACUUUUAAAACCAUUUUAAAGUGUAACUGGAAUAACUAAAUCCUUUCAGAUUGAUACUAUUUUCUUGGAACUUGGUUCUGUUGUGGUGAAAUACACAAUUCAGUAGGCAAAAGAAAGCUCAUUUAAUAAAGUCUUUAACUCUUGGGCUCA